ACCGCUGGAAAAAAAAAACACAAUCUGUAUAUCACAUCCGCUAAUUUUGGCGGCACCAAAACCGCUCUCAACACCUCCCCCACACCUUUUAGACACUCUUUUAGCGCCAGAAUCCUCUCUCCUCUUUCCUCUUAGAUUACCUCAAUCCCAAAUUUUCUCCUAUUUUAGCACUUCAAUUUUUCCAACUUUUUCUUCUUUCUUCACUCCUUUAAUUUCCUACUACUACUGUAAAUUCUUCAUGUAAUCCAACCCCAAAACCCCAGAAAAUUAUUAAAAAAAAAAAUUAAUUAAAUAAUGGAGGGUUCAAGCUCUCAACCUUCAUCAUCUAAUCUACUCUGUCGAGAAGAUAAAUCUUACUUAAAUGAAGGAGAUGAACAAAAUCAGGAAACCCAAUUUCAGAAUUCUCAAUUAGUUCCGUACUACCAAGAUUUGGAUUCUGAAGAUGAUUAUUAUCUUCAAAUGUUGGUUAGAAGAGAGAUUAAUUCAUCGUCUAAUUCUUCUUCCAAUUUCCCUUCUUGGUUAAAGAAUUCUCGUGCUCUUGCCAUCAAUUGGAUUCUCAAUGCUAAAGAUUCAUUUGGGUUUCAAAAUCAAACUGCUUAUUUAUCAAUCUUGUACUUGGACCGUUUCUUAUCAAGAAGAUACAUCUAUGAUCAUCAACCUUGGGCAGUUACAUUACUAGGAGUAGCAUGUUUAUCAUUGGCUGCGAAAAUGGACGAAUGUAAAGUGCCUGCAUUAUCAGAAUAUCAAGUACCCGAUUUCGAAUUCGAAAGAAAUGUGAUGCAAAAUAUGGAGCUUCUUGUUUUAACUACUUUGGAAUGGAACAUGACUUUGAGUACUCCUUUUGUUUACCUUAAUUACUAUGCUUCUAAGUUGGAUGAUCAAAAUGUUGAUCGAUUGAUUUCAAGAGGAACUCAAUUAGUAAUGGGGUUUAUUAAAGAGAGUAAUUCGGUUGGUGAUUAUUAUCCAUUUGUGGUUGCUGCCGCGGCAGUGGUUGCUGCUAUUGAUUGGCAAUUAACACAAGAAGCUUUGAAGCUUAGGAUUAGUACUGUUUCAUUGUGGCAGACUUCAGAUGAUCAGCAGAAGCAGCAGCAGGAGAAGCAAUUGGUUUCCUGUUAUAGCUUGAUGCAGAGAUUGUGUUCUAAGGAAAAUCCUAGUACUCCUAACUUGACUACUGAAGUUGAACAAACUACUACUGAUAAACCAAGUACAUCAGGCACAAAGAGAAAGCUAACAUUCAGAGACAGUGACCAAAAUCCUGAUCUGCCAGACUGACAAAGCGCGAUCGAUCAAUAACCAAUCCCGGGAUAAUUGAGUUUAUCGUUGAUUAAGCAUUGUUUUAGGAUGGAUGGAUUAGUGAAAGGGAGGUUCUUAUCUUAGUUGAGAAAUUGGUACGUGCAUUAUUUUUGUUUUUGUUUUUGUUUUAGUUUUUCCUUCUUAUAAACAGAAAAAAAGAAGGGAAGUUUUUUUGAUUGUGGGGUUACAAAUUUCCUAUACCCAACAAAAGGGUCUGGCAGGGACAACCUAGCAUUUGGACCAGAAACAUGGAAGUAAAUAAAUAAGAGAGAGAGAGAGAGAAAUAGAUGAUUUUUCAGAACAUCCAGGUAUAAGAGGUUGACUGAAAGGCCAAGAGUCAUUAAGAAAGAAAUAGCAGAAGUGAAAAAAAAGGGGGCCAAUUAUUUGUUCUUUAGUUCAUUCUUAGGAUACUGUUUCAUUUCUAUGCCUGCCUUUUAACCAUUUUUCAUAUUUUGUUGUAGUAAACUAGUAGUAGUAUUUAUAUUUAUAUUGCUUUCUCAGACUUUUGUUGUUCAUAUAAAAUGUAUUCUAGCUCUUAUUGUUUGUUUGAGCAUUCAUAUAAGCAUACAUACUCAUUUUACUAUAUGUAUGGAAUACUUUUCAAUGAAAAUCCGUUCUCCUUUGGUA